AUGGAAUCCGCUGCUUGUAUUUCUUUGGAAACGGUGAUGUUGGUAAUGAGACUAGAUGAUCUGAAAGCAAAAGGCUGUUGCAACACUCUCACUCAUGACCUCAAAGGAUCGUCUUAUGGAAUGUGCAGAAUGUCUACGUCGUCUAUGAUUAGGAUUCAAGUUUGGAUAACUUCUUUAAAAAUAGCAGCCGACGAUGAGAGGAUGAUUCACCUGAAUCCAUUCAUCCAUGAGGAGACGACUUCUCGAUCACGUAUUUUUGCUGUUGGUACGAUUCACAUAUUUUCUUGUUUAUAA